AUGGCUGGUUUCUUUAUUUCCUACGUCUCGGAUGGAGGAAACAACGUUGGAGUCCCACGAUCGAUAGAUCCUUUCCGGGAGCUCGGUCUUUCAUCCGGAGCGUCUCCGCGAGACACGAAAGCUGCUUACGGAGCUCGAGCGAACCGUCCGCGACGGCAGGACCGGGUGAUGGCGUCUCUCGCUUAUCACAUGAUCACGUCCACCGCCGAGGGUCGCUACACCAAGCGAGGUCGCCUGUACGAGAUUCGAGACCGAAAUGACCAGUUCUUUCUCGCUGCCACGGGCUACACUGCGCUACUGAUUCAGCGGUUAGAUUGGAAACGCUCCCUCUCUAAUGCGGACGAAUACGGCCGUACGUCGCUCUACAUCGCCGCUCGCAGCGGGUUCUAUGACACGACCAAGGCCCUCCUGGAAAACGGUGCGCCAGUGAACCAGGUUCAACGGGACGGCAGUACACCACUGCACGGGGCAGCCUAUUAUGGUCAAGUUCCUGUCGUCAAAUUGCUGUUGUCUUACGGGGCAGACCCCAAUCACCAGAACCAGUGGGGCAACACUCCUGUAGACGAAACAAGUGUUGCAGAGAUUAAAAAGCUGGUUCUUGAUUACAAGGAAGACAAAAUCGCAGAUUUGCCCGCACGUUUAUAA